AUGGAGGGUUUAAAGUUCUCAAACGCGGAAUUGAUGGUUUACAUUCAUCCUUCCAAGAGCAGAAACAUUCCUAUUGGCUUUUACAAGAACCAAAUACAUUACUUUAGGUAUAGUGAAACCUUUGAUGGUGUUUUAUUGGCUUAUGAUGCUGCUGUGAAAAGCAAACAAGCUAAGAUCCUUGCAGGGCUUAAUCCUUACUUUGGUGUCAGAGUAAAAGCACAACUACUCUUAUUUGAUCCAAAACCCAAUAGUCUUGUAGAAGGGAAAAUUGUGAAGCUUUCUCCAGAGUCAAUACAUGUUGUUGUUCUUGGUUUUUCUGCUGCGGUUAUAACGGAUUUUGAUAUCCGCGAAGAAUUCAAGUACAAAAUGAGAGAUGGUGAAGGUUGUUUUGUGAGCAGAUCGCAUAAAGGGCAUAAACUAAAGAUUGGAACAACGUUACGCCUUCAAGUCCAGAGUUUUGAUGAAGAGGUAAUGCAUAUAGCUGGAUCGCUACUUCCGGCUAACACUGGAUGCGUUAAGUGGCUGGAAAAGAACUCUGAAAAAGAUUUGCCUAUGGAUAGGGAUCUUAAACGGAGGAAAAUUGCCUGA